CAAAAUUAUCUUUCCGCAGCCAAGACAAUGGCUUAUCCUUGCGUCAAAAGAAACGUAUUUUCACUUCUUCCUCUACUCUUUCUUCUAUCAAUCACCCCUUUGUCUUCAUCUUUGUCUCCGAGUGACAAAGUCACAAAAGUAUUGUUUUACCAACUCUGCACAAAACCGAACAUUGAUCGCUACUUCUGCAUCCCUUGGCUAACCUCUGAUCCAACAACAUUCGCGCUCGACCUACAAGGUCUUCUCGAUUUGGUCUUCCAAAAGACGCAAUUGUUCGGCUAUAAGAUCCUAGCCGCGAUGAAAGGCUCAGUGAAUACUACGACUGAUCCAGCGCUCAAGAUCCCAUUUGAGACUUGCGUGAAAGAUUAUGAAGUAGCCAUUAAAGCGAUCGAGGAAGCUCAAGGGUUUGUGACAUCUAAGGCGUACGAGUUAGCAUCUCUGGGGGCUGCUAAAGCCUUCAUUAGUAUAUCAGUGUGUGAAGCUCAGUUUGAAGUAAGAACCUCCCAGUCCCAGACAAUGGCUUAUCCUUGCGUCAAAAGAAACGUAUUUUCACUUAUUCCUCUGCUCGUUCUUCUAUCAAUCACCCCUUUGUCUUCAUCUUUGUCUCCGAGUGACAAAGUCACAAAAGCCUUCUUAUCCCGACUCUGCACAGAACCGAACAUUGACACCAACUUCUGCAUCACUUGGCUAAUCUCUGAUCCAACAACAUAUACCCUCGACCUACAAGGUCUUCUCGAUUUGGUCUUCCAAAAGACGCAAUUGUUGGGCUAUAAGAGCCUAGCGGCGAUGAAAGGCUCAGUGAGAACCACUACUGAUCCGACGCUCAAGACCCCAUAUGAGACUUGCGUGAGAGAUUAUGAAGGAGCCAUUAAAGCGAUCGAGGAAGCUCAAGGGUUUGUGACCUCUAAGGCGUACCAGUUAGCAUCUCAAGGGGCUGCUAAAGCCUUUAUUACACAAGUAGCAGACAUAAAAGCGAUAUGCGGAAAAGCGAAAAACCAAUCCUUCUGUACGAGCUACAUGAAAUCCAACCCAAAGGCCUCAGGUGCUGAUCUUCAAACGCUAGCAAAGAUCACCUUUGGUUCUGCACAAACAAGUGCAUCAGAAGGUUUCAAGAAAAUUCAAUCCCUAGUCAAGACAGCAACCAACCCCACUAUGAAGAAAGCAUACACCUCGUGCGUACAACAUUAUAAGAGUGCAAUCAGCAGUCUCAAUGAUGCUAAGCAGAGCCUGGCGACAGGCGAUGGAAAAGGGCUGAACAUUAAGGUUUCAGCAGCUAUGGAAGGACCUUCAACAUGUGAACAAGACAUGGCGAAUUACAAAGUAGAUCCUUCAGCUGUGAAGAACAGUGGUGAUUUUCAGAAUAUUUGUGGCAUUGUUCUUGUCAUCUCAAACAUGAUGUGAGAGUGGGCUUGAUUCAAUCUCCCUUCAUAACUCGUUAGACAAUUACAUUAAACAAUUAUACCUGCAUAUUUACUUGUACAAUAAAAGAACUUUUGUCUC